GUAAAAUUGAUGUAAUUAUUUCGUAGUGAAAAAAGUAUAUUACGUAGAUUUUAUGUAAUUAUUUAUUUUAAAAAAAAACGUGGUUUAAAUAAACCUAAGCAAACAGGAAACAUGAGCGAACUUGAACAAAAGCUCUCUGCACUCAAGAAUUGCUUUGAUAUGGGAUAUAUAACUGAAGAUCUGUACAAUGAAUAUAGUCGGCGCAUACUGGAUGAAUGGUCUAAAAAACCGGAUGAUGAAAAGCCGUUCUGGAGAAGAAUGUUCGACAAGGCAAUAUCCUUUGGCCAUACUAUCUUGGCAAACCUGAUUUCCGCAAUUGUCAGCCCCUUUCGACUAAUUACUGAUAGAUAAAUUUCCGAGUCUAAAUCAUUAUAGUUUUUUAGCCUCAAGGCUUCAUUUACUGGAUUUUAAAUAAAUGAAUUUCCAUUGUUUAAUGAUUUUCGUCAAGGUUUAGAUAGAAAUGAUGUUGACAUUGUUUUAGAUACCAUUAUGUACAAAUGAAGUAAAUUCCGCG